AAAAGGAAACAAGAUGGCGGCGCCCAUGGGCUGAAGGACGCCAUUGCAUCAUAUUCCUGAACUUUGUUCGGCCGGCGCGCGAGAAGUUUAACAUUCAGCAGUUUUCUAUGCGGUUGUGCCGACAGACGGGCCGGCUGUUUCUCCGCGCCAUGAGCUCGGCAACGUUCCCGCACUCCGAGGCGCUGGUGCCGUACGCGCCGCCUGCCUGGGCCGCCAAGCUCCGCGGCGUCCCAAAAUAUCGUCUGCAGCUUGGGCAGCUGAACACCCCCAUCCAGAGAUGGCGCCUGCCCGACCUGCCCGAGGGGGUGGAAGUCUUCAUCAAGCGGGACGACAUGACGGGCAGUACGCUGUCUGGGAACAAGGUGCGAAAGCUGGAGUUCUUGAUGGCAGAUGCCAUUGACCGAGGUUGCGGGGCCAUCAUCACAUGUGGAGGGGUCCAGUCCAACCACUGCAGGGCCACAGCAGUUGCUGCCAGGCAGCUGGGCCUGGAUAUACACCUCAUGCUGAGGUCUGAUGUGCAGGAUUUUCUGCCAAUAGCCAAUGGUGUGCCUGAUUGGAGCGCCAAGAACCCGUCAGAGGUAGGCUGUGAGGGGAACCUGCUGCAGGACCGGCUGAUGGGGGCAAACGUGUACCUGGUGCAGAGGACGGAGUGGUAUGAGGAGAAACUCCUGCCGAGGAUGCAGCGACUCGCACAGAGAAUAAAAGAAACCAGUGGGAAGGAGUCGUACCUGAUUCCAGUGGGAGGGUCGAACCAGGUCGGGCUGUUCGGCUACAUCACCGCAUUCCAGGAGCUGAUAGAACAGGGAGUUCUGGAGAGAUUUGAUGACCUCGUCCUGACAGUUGGAAGUGGCGGCACGACCUGUGGACUGUGUGUGGCAAACUACCUCACUGGCUCCAAAAUAAGGAUCCACGCUGUGGCGAUCUGUGACGAUGCGGCGUACUUCCAUCGCCACAUCAACGCGGCGCUACAGGAGAUCGGUCUGACGGACGUCCGGUCGGAGGACAUCGUGGACAUCAUAGAGGGGUACAAAGGUCGCGGUUACGCCCUCUCCACCAAGAAGGAGCUGGAGUUUGUUGCGAAUGUCGCCCACACUUCGGGGAUCAUCCUGGACCCAGUGUACACUGGGAAGGCCACCAUGGGCAUGCUCAACGAGCUACGGACCAAUCACAGCAGGUUCCAGGGAAACCGGAUACUCUUCCUACAUACAGGUGGGAUUUUCGGCCUGUAUGACGGGCGGAUGAACACAGUCCUGAAGGACGGAAUGCGCCACGUGACCGACCGCGUCCACGAUUGGUGGAACUUCGAUGACGACCCGCCCUUCCCAUGAUGCAAUAGCCCCUCCCUGAUUGGUUAGAAUACCCAGCUCACCUGUUACCAUGGUGAUUUUUACUGGAAGUCUGUCUGGGGAGAGUUCUCCCCAAUUUGUUUGUUCGUUUGUUCGUUAGUUCCUGUUUGUUUUUAAUCCUAAAGUAAUUAACCAAAGUAAAUCUGACAUUCCUUCACCAGUCAAGUUGAAGAGUUUCCACAUGCUGUCAUACAAUAUGUGGUUAACUUCGGCCAUUGUAAAUCUAAAGAAGUUCGAAACUUGCAGUAUGAAUUAAAAAGCAUCACAGACAUUACAUGUUCAGACACAUACAUGUACAUUUUGGCCUUCUGUAGACCAGUGGAAUGACCAACAAACAUGUAGAAGUCAGAAGAGAAUGGCCGUCUGCCAGCCAAACAAAAGCUUCCACAUGCCAAGGACAUUAGAUGUCGUAGGUCAGACAAUAUGAGGUUACACAAGUGACUUCAGCAUUUGUGGAUCAACAAGUUGGAAACUUGAAGCAUAUUGAAUCGAAAGUAUCAUAAGCAAUACAUGCAUGUACAUUUCUCCGUUCUGUUGAACUACCAACAAGUCUUAAAAAGACAUCGGAGAAGGAUCGUUAGAAGAGAAAACCAUAUUUAUCUGCACAUGUAGUUUUAUCAUGUGGUUUUAGCACAAUUUUUUCCAAUUAUGACUAUAGGGUCAUAUCAAGUUAUGUUAAAAUCAAUAUUUAGAACUAAUAUCAAUUUUAUAGUAAUAAUCGCAUAAAUAUUAAUAUCGGGACCAUACCAUAUAUGGUACAGUUGAAAUUUGACACCGUGACGUCACCGUAGUUCCGCCAACGGAACGUUACCUCAAUGCAUCAUGGGACGCAACGUCACGUGACGUACGUGUAAGCUAUCGUCUGAAACUGACGUCAUCACCCAAAUAUGGACGUGUCUCAGUGACGUCGUUAAGUGCACUGUUGUAAGGCGGAAAACUACAAUAGAGGAAAAUUAAUUUAUACAUGGACAAUUAUUAUUUACAUUGCAAUAAGGAUAUAUAUCUGAAUUAUAUUAAAUGAUAUGUAUUUUUACAGGGUAAUUGUGUAAUUUGAAGAAUAAAACGACGGACCAUGCCAGUUUUUUUGGCAGAUCGAA